GACGUUUCGCGCCGGCGUUAUUUGAGAAAAUCAAGCUGCGAUACAAGACAAGUGCUUUUCGGUGUGAAAAUCUAACACGUGCUCUAUUAAAACCGCGUUGCUGAAUAGAAAAUCGGAGUUAUAAGUUUGUUCAACGUUUACAAAUCGUUCAUCAGUUUUAUUUGAAAGUUGAAACAAGAAAAUGCCGGAAGAAAUGGAGACGCAGCCCGCGGAGGUGGAAACCUUCGCCUUCCAAGCUGAGAUCGCUCAGCUCAUGUCGCUGAUCAUCAACACCUUCUACUCCAACAAAGAGAUCUUCCUCCGUGAGUUAAUUUCCAACUCCUCAGACGCUCUAGACAAGAUCCGAUAUGAGUCACUCACGGACCCGUCGAAACUCGACAGCGGUAAGGAACUAUACAUUAAAAUCAUUCCUAAUAAGAGCGAAGGCACUCUGACCAUUAUUGACACCGGUAUCGGCAUGACAAAGGCCGACUUGGUCAACAACUUGGGAACGAUCGCCAAGUCUGGCACGAAAGCUUUCAUGGAAGCUCUGCAGGCCGGCGCAGACAUCAGCAUGAUCGGGCAGUUCGGUGUGGGUUUCUACUCUUGUUACUUGGUAGCUGACCGCGUCACCGUCACCUCGAAGCAUAAUGAUGACGAGCAGUACAUGUGGGAGUCUGCCGCCGGCGGCUCCUUCACCGUCAGACCCGACCACGGCGAGCCCCUGGGACGCGGAACCAAAAUCGUCCUACACAUCAAAGAAGACCUAGCAGAGUUCCUCGAAGAACAGAAAAUCAAGGAAAUCGUCAAGAAACACUCGCAAUUCAUCGGCUAUCCCAUCAAAUUGGUAGUAGAAAAGGAGCGUGAGAAGGAAUUAUCAGACGACGAAGCUGAGGAAGAAAAGAAGGAAGAUGAUAAAGAGGACGAGAAACCAAAAAUUGAGGAUGUCGGAGAAGAUGAUGAGGAAGACAGCAAGGACAAGAAAAAGAAGAAGAAGACCAUCAAGGAGAAGUAUACCGAAGACGAGGAACUGAACAAGACCAAGCCUAUCUGGACUCGGAACGCUGAUGAUAUCACCCAGGAAGAAUACGGUGACUUCUACAAAUCCCUUACAAACGACUGGGAAGACCAUCUUGCAGUCAAACAUUUCAGCGUGGAGGGUCAACUUGAAUUCCGAGCUCUGCUCUUUGUUCCUCGCCGAGCUCCCUUCGAUUUAUUCGAAAACAAGAAACGCAAGAACAACAUCAAACUGUACGUGCGACGAGUCUUCAUCAUGGACAACUGUGAGGACCUCAUUCCCGAGUACCUCAACUUCAUCAAGGGAGUGGUGGACAGCGAGGACUUGCCCCUGAACAUUUCUCGUGAAAUGCUGCAACAGAACAAGAUCUUGAAAGUAAUUAGGAAGAACUUAGUUAAGAAAUGCUUGGAAUUAUUCGAGGAAUUGGCAGAGGACAAGGAAAAUUACAAGAAGUAUUACGAACAGUUCAGCAAGAAUCUCAAACUAGGUAUCCAUGAAGAUUCUCAAAACAGGUCAAAAUUGGCAGAUUUGCUUCGUUACCACACAUCUGCAUCUGGCGAUGAAGUAUGCUCCCUCAAGGAGUAUGUUUCACGAAUGAAGGAGAACCAGAAACACAUCUACUACAUCACGGGAGAAAACCGAGACCAAGUAGCCAACUCUUCAUUUGUUGAAAGGGUCAAGAAACGUGGCUACGAAGUGAUCUACAUGACUGAGCCAAUCGAUGAGUAUGUGGUGCAACAAAUGAGGGAGUAUGAUGGAAAGUCCCUCGUCUCCGUCACCAAGGAAGGCUUGGAACUACCAGAGGACGAGGAGGAAAAGAAGAAACGUGAGGAAGACAAAGUUAAGUUCGAAAACCUCUGCAAAGUCAUGAAGAACAUUCUAGAUAACAAAGUUGAGAAAGUAGUUGUAUCAAAUAGGUUGGUUGAAUCUCCAUGCUGCAUCGUCACAGCUCAAUAUGGCUGGUCGGCAAACAUGGAACGUAUCAUGAAGGCCCAAGCUUUGAGGGAUACUUCGACCAUGGGUUACAUGGCUGCCAAGAAGCACCUUGAGAUCAAUCCAGACCAUUCCAUCAUUGAAACGCUUAGACAAAAGGCAGAGGCGGAUAAGAAUGACAAAGCUGUCAAAGAUCUAGUCAUUUUGCUGUACGAAACUGCUCUACUAUCCUCUGGUUUCACUCUGGAUGAGCCCCAAGUACAUGCCUCUAGGAUUUACCGUAUGAUCAAGCUUGGUCUUGGCAUUGAUGAAGAUGAACCAGUUCCAGUAGAAGUAGAAUCAAGCGCAGGAGACGUCCCACCUCUGGAAGGUGACGCUGAUGAUGCGUCACGCAUGGAAGAAGUAGAUUAAGAGUUCCGCCUAUUAUAACCUUAGCCAUGUUGUAAUGGUGUUAUGACAGUUCCGUAUUAUAUUUUUUUGUGCUCUCGUGUACAGCCAAAGACUGAUUUAGUUCAAAUUCCAUUUCAAAUUUUAAAAUAACUAAUAAUAAUAAAUUACAUGUAAUGUAAUAAUUAA